AUGGGAAAUGGUUCUAAUCCAACUUAUUUUUACUUUGUCAUAUUUGAAAAUCAAGGGUACACCAGGUAUAUAUUUUUCAUCUUGGGGCUUACUCUAUACUUAACUAUUUUAAUUUUUAAUGUGAUCAUACUUCUUGUAAUAUAUGUGGAAAAAAUGUUACAUCGGCCCAUGUACUUGCUCAUUUCUUGUUUAUCUUUCAACUCUCUGUAUGGCACUGCUGGCCUCUUUCCAAGACUAUUAACUGAUCUUCUCUCUGAUGUGCAUACUAUAUCUCCAUCUUCCUGUCAUAUUCAGACCUUUGUUAUUUACACUUAUGCAUCAUGUGAAUUUACCAUUUUGACCUUGAUGGCAUACGACAGAUAUGUAGCCAUAUGCAAGCCCUUACAAUAUCACAGCAUCAUGACUCCUUCGGUUCUUAUUGGCAUGACAACUACUGCACUGUUCUAUCCAAUGUUUUGUUUUGGUUCUCUUAUAGUUGUGUCUUCAAGACUACAGUUGUGUGGUAAUGAAAUAACCAAGUUGUACUGCAGUGGUUUGUCAGUCCUUCGGCUUUCUUGUGAAGAAUUUGCACCGAGUUAUAUUUUAAGUUUUAUUGUAGCAGUUACAACAGUUUUUAUUCCCAUGGUAUACAUUUUAUAUUCCUAUAUCAGAAUUUUAAUUAUUUGUCAAAGACGUUCAUCUGAAUUUAAGGCCAAAGCAUUUCAUACUUGUCUGCCUCACAUAGUUACAUUUGUUAAUUACUCUAUUGCUGUUUUUUGUGAGAUGAUCAUAACCCGAUAUGAACCUUGGGAACUCCCUGAGUUUGUAAUUGUUAUUUUGUCCUUAGAAUUUCUCAUUGUACCUCCAGUGUUAAAUCCUCUGGUUUAUGGGUUAAGUUUUCUUGAGAUUCGCAAAAAGAUUAAUAACUAUCUAAGAAAGAAUCUGAUAUUGAAGAUUAUUUUGACAUUAUUUAGAUUAUUUUAA